CAGAGGAUCUUAGGCGUUACGAUUUUCUCUCGUACACACGUCACCCACACGAAACGAAUCAACGACCAGAAUUGCACGCGCAACCUUCGCAAUCGCGAAGAUCAUCGCGUCACCGUUAAAACCGGCAAUUAUUCCCCGGUACAAAUUUUACGCGUGCAUGAAGCAACAGCGGCAGCCAAGCCUCCGCGGAAUCAUUCACGGUAACCUCUCACUCUCUCCCUCUCCCACGCGUGUUCGUGGCAUGGGACCGUAACGGUGGAACGGAGAAAGGAGAAAAUCGUGAAAAUCUCGCGCGAGUGAAACAGAGACGGACGCACGUGCGGGGCAGAAGGUGCGUCCGAGAAAGAGUGGAAGGUACGAUCGGGAACGGCGAUCCUUUCUUUCUCCUCUCCUUCUCCCUCUGUCUUCUGGUUUCUCUCUCGUCGGUUCACCUGAGAAUCGGGGAAUGUCCUCGUGGCGAGAGCAGUCGUCAGUGUCUCGGUAGACCUCCAUCUGGAGCCAAGCUCUGUACAGGAAACGAUCGACCGUGUUCGUUCGCGUGUCAUUCAGUGUCACGUGUGACGUUGAACGUACGCUUGUCGGAUACUGAAACGGAAACACGGUGCCGAUGACACUGGGAAUCCCGAAGGUAGACGAGAAAUCACGGUGAUCGUAGCCUCCGUCGUCGUCUGCGACGUCUUCCGGUCCCGCGUGUUUCCGAUUCGAUUUGCCUGCACGGCGAUUCGAUUGCCUCGCGCCGCCAACGUUUCACCGUAGUCCGGAAAUCUUGCCACGAGAAACAUCUUGCCAGUGGUAUGUGCGACGCGAAGAUUUAGAGGAACGGCGUCGAAAUGUAAAUAGCUGUAAUGAGAGAAUUCCGGCAGCUCAGCUUCGAUCGUUCGACUCACGCGGAGCGCGACUUGUGAUUUUUGAAGAGGAGUUGGGAUAGUGUGUCGUUUCGGUGUGUUGCAGCUGAAAGAAGUGUCGCACGAAGUCGACAAAUUUUAAGUAGCAUUUCCAGUGCCGCAGGUGCAAAACAAUCUUAUGUGUUACAUGCUGUGCAAGCGAAACGGUUGAGAGAAAGAGAGAGAGAGAGAGAGAGAGAGAGAGAGAGAGAGAGAGUGAGUGAGUGAGUGAGAAGAAAGGAGCGGAGGAGAACGCCGGGGGAAGAAUUCCUUUAGCCAGCUCGAAGAAACGGUCGAAAUGAGAAGGUGUGGCUUCGUCGUGUGGUUGGUCCUCGCCUGCCUCACCAGCGACGCAUUGCAACAGUACAGGGAAAAGAACAUCAACAUCGUUGCACGAGGACUCGAUAGACGUCAGAUUUCGCGUCGAAGAAAAGAACGAGAUUCGGAUCUUUGGACAGAGAUCGAAACUUGUUCCAGAUCGUUGGACAAUGACUCGGUGACUAUCGAAAAUCGCGGCGCGGAGACAGACGCGGUACAGGCGAUCUUGGCCAGAUAUCUUCAGAGGCGUCUUCAGGGGUCGCAGCUGUCGACGCCGCCGCCGCCAGCUGUCCUCUUCAGUAGCAAUAACCAGGCCAGAAUGAGACACGCUCAAAGGACUACCAGCAAUGCGUUGCCGAAGAAUGUCAGCGAGAAAGAGAGGAGGGAACGCGUGGAGGAUUACGAGGAUUACGAGGACGACCUUGAGGGUUUCGAGGACAGUGAGAGGAGCAGGACCAGAUUCGAUCUCUUCGCCGACGACUGUCCAAACUGCGUGGACGAGCACAGCAGCAACCUGGCCGCAUCAAGAUGGACGAUGCCGCUGUUGAAGCUCGGCGAGAAAAGAUACUACCUGGGGAUCUUCUUCAAGGCCAACUGGUACAGGGCGUCCCAGUAUUGUCGAUAUCACGGAAUGCAUCUGGCGAGUAUAGCGUCGCAGGAGGAAAACGACAGGCUGGAGAAACAUAUUAAGGACUUCGGCCUUGGACACGAGCAUUUUUGGACCUCUGGUACCGAUCAGGCUGAGGAAGGCACUUUCUUCUGGAUGGCGAACGGCAGGCCAAUCACGUUCGAAAAUUGGAACGUCGGCGAGCCGAAUAAUUUCAGAUACGAGAACGGCGAAGAGGAGCACUGCCUGGAGCUGUGGAACAGGGAUGGUAAAGGGCUGAAGUGGAACGACAGCCCGUGCAGCUUCGAGACGUUCUUCGUGUGCGAGGUGCAGUGAUCGAUCGAUCGGCCAACAGGAUUGACGAAAAACAGGAUCUGAAAGUCAUCGAUACACGGGAUUCGAUUCACGAUACAUCGACUUGCCUAUCGAGUCAUCCUGCCAACUAUUGCCUCGUCGACUUCGUUUUUCCUCCGGGACCUCGAAACAAAAUAGAAAAAGUGACUUUCUCUGUGUGUGCGCGUGCGUGUGCGUGCGUGCGUGCGUGUGUGUGUGUAAGUGCGUGUAUUCCACGUAGACGAGCGUUUUAAACGCGUCUUGCGAAUCGAUGGAUCGCGGGCAAAUGGAUGCUGAACGUAAAGAAACAGAUGGCGAACACGAUGAUUAGGAUACCGAGAUGUUUCUGUGAAGGAAAUUUUUGUGAAAUGGUCUGAAACCUAUGCUUGGAUUUUUAUGUGAAAAUCGCGGUUUCGUUACAGCAAAUACGCCUUAUUUCUGCUACUGCGAAGACCACUAGUUCUACUUGUUCGUAGAAUAUUUUUAUAGUAAGUAGCAACGAUGAGAAUUUUCUUUACUGGUGGAUAAGAACUGACGAAAGAAUGGUUUAAAAUGAUUAUUUUAAUGGCUUAUUAACGUUCACGUUGUAUGAUACUAUUUGCUUGUUAAAUUUAGCAAUUACGAAGUAAGGACUCGUAAGUUUUAACGUGGAUGUUAGCGAUAAUAGUCGUUUGUCAUUAACGCAAAGAAGCCUGUGUUUGGAUAAUGGAUUCUUUUUUUUGGAAGAUGGAUAAGCUGGAGCUUGUGUGCUACUUUUUCUUCGAUGAUAGAAACGUAGAAUUAUAGUUGCGUCGUUGACGAAAGUUCCAACAAAAAUGUGACCGUUGUUGGUAACCAGGCGGAAAGUCAGGGAAUUUUCAAACUUUGCCAAUCGAUGGAAUCAAGGUUGUCCGAUACGAAAAGCACUUCCAAUUCCAUAGAUUUGCAAAAUUUCUGGUUUCUAAUCGUAAGAUAUUUCCUCUUUUUCUUCCGGUUUCCUUACCAAAAGCUCGUUGCUAACGUUAAAAAUGUCGAGAGGAGAAAUCAAAAGACUUUAAAGUGGGCGUGUCGAUUAACGAUGAUUUAACAGAAUAAUGUAAGCUUCUAUUUUCUAAUUAAUAUCUGAAUUAAAUAACGAAAGGAAUAAAGAAAUGAAUUCUA